GCCUCCCCUGCCUAUCAGCUGAUGAUGGCCGCAGGAAGGUGGGCCUGGAAGAUAACAGCUAGCAGGCUAAGGCCAGACUGACACUUGCAGUUGUCUUUGGUAGUUUUUUUGCACUAACUUUAGGAGCCAGCUCAUGAUCUCAGGAUGUAUGGAAAAAUAAUCUUUGUAUUACUAUUGUCAGAAAUUGUGAGAAUAUCAGCAUCAAGUACCACUGUUCCGGCAACGCACACUUCCACCUCUUCUUUGGUCCCAGAGAGUUAUGUCUCAUUACAGCCAAAUGAUAAGCACACAUCGGACACACAUCCAACCACUCCUAGUGCUCAUGAAGUUUCGGAAUUUUCUGGUAGAACCCAUUACCCUCCAGAAGAGGACAACAGAGAACGGGUACAACUUGUCCAUGAAUUCUCUGAACUAGUGAUAGCACUCAUUAUUUUUGGGGUGAUGGCUGGUGUCAUUGGAACGAUCCUCUUUAUUUCUUACUGUAUUCGCCGACUGAGAAAGAAAAGCCCAUCUGAUGUACAACCUCUCCCCCCACCUGAUGCAGAGGUGCCUUUAAGCUCUGUUGAAAUAGAAAAUCCAGAGGAAACUGAUCAAGCGAAUCUGUUCACCAAACCAAAUGAGGAAGGAACAUAAAGAAGACAUAAGACUUCAGUCAAGUGAAAAAUUAACAUGUGGAUUGGACACUCCAAUAAAUUAUAUACCUGCCUAAGUUGUACAAUUUCAGAAUGCAAUUUUCAUUUUAAUGAGUUCCAAUGACUCAAUGAUGGGGAAAAAAUCUCUGCUCAUUAAUAUUUCAAGGUAAAGAACAAAUGUUUCUUUGAAUGCUUGCUUUUGUGUGUUAGUAUAAUUUUUAGAAUUGAUUGAGAAUUCUGUUCCAAAACUUUAGUUGAAUUCAUCUACAUUUGUUUAAUACUAACUUAAUCUAUUCUAUUGUAUUAUAAUGAUGGUUCUGUCAAAUGAAAGGGUGAAAUACCUAGAUGAAGUUUAGGUUUUCUUCCUAUUGUAAACUUUUGAAUCUGGUUUCAUUGUUUUAAAUAAAUUAAGGGGACACUAAAGUCCUAUCAUUCAUUUGCUUCAUUGUUGAACAGGUAAGAUAUAAUAUUACAUGAAUGAUUACUAUAUUUUGUUCACACUAAUAAAGCUUGUGCUCAGAAAUGCCAUACACACACACAUACACACAUGCACACAAACACACACAUUAUCAUUUAAUGCAUAAAUCAAUGCAAAAGGUUUUCCCAUUAAUAUGAAAUGUUUCAUAUAUAUAAAUGCCAUAUUUAAAAUAAUUUGUCUAACAGUAGAACUUUGUCAGAGCACUCACUGAAGCUUGCAUUCCACUGAAAGAGUUAUUUGUGUAAGUAGAGUAUCCUGAGAAGGAAAAGAACUUACGACCUUUCUUUAUAACAGAAACUCAACUCUAAAUUCAAUAAGAUGUGCAAACUGGACAUGCAGGUGAAUAUUUUAAUAGGUUACUAUAUGUUCUCAAUUAAAUUCUUUAAUCUGUCCAGUCCCAGUUUCUCUUAUUAAUAAAACUUUGGAAAUUUCUUUAAACCAUUUACAGGAAAUUUCUAGAUAUAGAGACUAAGGACUGUGACUAUAUAGCUGUCACUCUUAAGUUUAGUGAAACUUAAACAGCAAAAACAAAAAACAAAAAAGACCUUCCUGUGAUACUUUAUUUCCAAACUAAUAAAAAUCUAUAUGACUUUUUAUUGUUGUGUGAUAACAAAGUAAGUUUUUUGUAUUUUGUAUACUUUCAGGCCUGACAACUGAAAUUUACCUUUUAAUAAAUUUAAAAAUCUAAAUUUUAACCUACUUGUAUGCUCAGAGAGUGUUUUUGUAUUAAAGUGACUACUUAAAAUAAAGAACAAGACUAAGAAGGGAACAUUUCUGUUGAUACAUGUGUUUUAAAAGUAAUUUUAAGAGCAUUAUUAGGUUAAUUUAAUCCAAUUAAUGACCCAAAUGCCAAGGUAAUUUUAAAUUUACAUUUUUAAUAAAAGCAACAUGUUGAAACAAGAGAGGGUGAGAUUAACCUUUUCGCUCAAGUAAUUUACAAGUCAAAGACAAGAAGAGAUCAGAGUGAAUGUGCCAUCUUAACCAGAGCUACAGAAUUUAGUGAAUAAUUAAAGUACAAAUUGCUUUAACCUCCUUGAACUUUUCCAAGCAAUUUCUCUGUACUUCUAUAUAUGAAUGACUUCAUUAAUUUUCUGCUACUAUAACAGAAUACCACAGACUGGGUAAUUUAGAAGAAAAGAAAUUUAUUUUCUUCCUAGUUCUGGAGGCUGGGAAGGCCAAGGGCAUGGCAUUGACAUCUGCCUUGUAUCUGAUGAGGACCUUCUUACUGCAUGAUAACAAAGCAGAAAGGCAAGCAAAAGCGUAAGAUGAAGAGAGAGGAAACAAAACCAAACACAUCCUUUCAUCAGAAGCCCAUUCCCUCUAUAAGGCAUUAUUCCAUUUAUGAGAAUGGAGCCCUCAUGACCUAAUCAUGACCUUAAAGGCCCCUCCCAACACUGUUACAAUGGCAAUUAAAUCUCAACAACGUUUCCAGAGGUGACAUUUGAAUCAUAGCAAUGAAUUUUUCAUAGUUAUAUUUGGUAUUCGUGAGGGAAGAAAUGACCAUUUCCCUUGUAUUUUUAUAAUUAAAUCAGCAAAAUAUUGUAGUAAAGAAAUCUUUCCUGUGAAGAUACCAUGA